UGGUGCCCGUACAGUAAAUAUUUGUGUUUGCUCAGCCGGUUGUACGCUAUGGUGGAUAACUGAGAGGGAAGGAGAGAGAGAGAGAAAGACAGAGGCAGAGUGACGAGAGUUAGUGCUUGUGAGAAACAGAGAGCGAGCGAGAAAACGGAGAAUAGCCUUAAGAACGGAUUCCCAAGUCUCGUAAUAAAACACGCGCUAGGAAAAUAACGCUCCGGCGAAUAUGGACGAACUAAAGCACCAAGUUAUGAUAAACCAGUUCGUCCUGACUGCUGGAUGCGCGGCGGACCAGGCAAAGCAGCUUUUGCAAGCGGCACAUUGGCAGUUUGAGACUGCGCUCAGUGCCUUUUUUCAAGAAACUAAUAUUCCAUACGGUCACCACCAUCAAAUGAUGUGCACUCCAGCCAACACGCCGGCGACGCCCCCCAACUUCCCCGACGCCCUCACCAUGUUCUCCCGCCUCAAGGCCUCUGAGAGCUUCCACAGCAGCAGCCCAAUUGCGCCCUUGGCCACCUCGCCCCCUCCUCAGGUCAACUGGGCCAUGGGCCCCCCCAACCCUGGCCAGCAGGGCCCGUGGACUCCAGGGCACGCCCCCUCACAGGCGCCCCCUCCUGGCUGGCCCGGAGCGGUCACCCAGCAAGCGUCCGCUGAACAGACGGCCAGCGUCGUCAUGGAGGCGGAGAGAUGAGUGGCUUGCGUGGCGGCUCGGUGCAAGCCAUGACGGACACAUGGGGGGGGGUUGGGUUGGGGACACGGGUGUACCACGAGGAGAGACAGCUGCAAAAAUCCUGAGAGUCUCGCAACUUGGGACUAUCACAGAGGCCAGACACCAAUGUACAGUUUGUAAGGCAAACAGAAAAACAGGCAUAAUUCAAUAAGAAAAUGCGAGACAUUCUAUUUGAUUCUUCCCUGAAUUUAAAAUGAGUAUCAAAAGUAAGGUAAAUUUUCAAAUGGAGUUGAAUGUCAUUAGGCCCGAGAACUCUUUAAACCAAGAACAGCGACUGAUAUGUCAGUUUUCUUUCCUCUUUUAAUGUUUUGGAUGGAGUGCCUCUGGAGCGGAGGCCGAUUGCACCCGUGCCGAUACUGCAUGAGCACAGAGCUGUCAUCACACGUUUUCAGUUUCAUAUUGAUAAAAAAUAAAACAACUCUACAUUUAUAUGAUAGGCAGCGUGCAUGAAUAAACACAGUCUCGAGAGAUAUGGAUGCAACCUGGAGACAUUUUACAACCGGAUUGGCCGACGGGGAGCUGCCAAUCUCAGCAAUCACCUGACUUUUAUAAGCCAAUCAGAGGUCAGCCGUUGGCAAAACACAGAACAUGUUUUAUCAAAUUGAAUAACCACAAUAACCACAAUAGCUUGUCUCUUCUAUAGAUAAGAAGUUUAAUAGGUUUUCUGUAUCCUUAAGGGUCAGGGGGGAGGGGUAUUCAUUUUUAAAUCAUUGUUUAUGAAUUUAUAUUGUUUUGUGGAUGAGUUUUAAUUUUUGGUUAUUCUUGUUUUGGGGAAGGGGAUUCAGUGGCUGACAUGCCACACAACACCAGACUACUAUUGGAAAAGAUUGUACUACAGACUUGUCACUUUGCACGACGUGUCGAGAUGUAUUGUCUUUUUGUAGCAAAUAUACAUUAAAGAAGAGAGAGCACUGUUUUCUUUAUUGGGAAAAGUGGUGUAGAUUUAAAUAUUCUUCCUCACUUCAAUUAUUUCUUGGUGUGUUCUAGGACGUAAAGGUGAACCUUCUCAUUAUUGUACAUAAAAGCAGAUAUGCGAGUAUGCAAAUCUGGGGUGAACAUGUCAUCUAAAGAAGUAAUGAAACAAACAAUUCUCCGUCAGAAGGGCGACCCAUCAUUAAUUGGAUAAUACAGUUCAUUUUGUUUAGGAGGUUUCCUCCAUAUGAACGGUUUUUCAUGUACACGUUUAUUUUUCUCCCUGUAAGGCUGUAUUGACUGUUCCCACAAUAUUUGUGGACUAACUGGUAAUUAACGUAUCAGUUUUUGUGUUCUAAAAUAAAUGCUGUAUGUUAUUAUCAUCAAUUAUCAUCAAUUCUACUGCAUCAUGCACCUGCUUACUGUGCUAAAAUGGUUUGAUUUCAUAUUAAGAUAUGAAAUUCAAAAAG